GCAUUCGCGUCAGUUUGGAAAGUUGUCGCUAGUUUUGAAUGAGACAUCCUGUGUUUUGGAUGGACUGACAGUUUCGAAGGAGCUCAAACAGAAGCAUGAUUGCAAUAUAGCCAUGGCCCUGAAGAACAGUUGGCAAACCUGAGGAGGAAAUAUUCAUAACCGCCUGGUGUCCGGUCUCAGCAGUUUCAGCAAUGGCUUACCUAACCCAGUCAGUCCAUUGGCAGUUUGUGGGUCUGGUGCUUGGGUUUGUAGGAUGGAUAAUAAUGGCCUCUAUCUCUGGGGUGAACGACUGGAGGAUAUGGUACGUGGACAAUCAGACGGUCAUCACUGGAGGAAUGGCCUGGGUGGGCGUGUGGAGGACCUGUUUUAACAGCCACAUUUUGGACUCAGCUGAGAUCUGCAAAAGCAUCGGCCUUACAGAUUCCUUCACUCCUCCAGAGAUUGCAGCCGCUCAGGUACUUUGCAUGACUGCUAUUGGUGUGGGGGUAGUCGCAAACCUGGUGGCAGGAUAUGCGAUGAGAAACGCAAUUCUUGGGGUUGAUGGCGGGCAUGUCAGAUUGGCCUUUGUGAUGGCGGGUUCCUUGUUCUGGUUAACUGCAGUGUGUACUCUGGUCCCUGUCAUUUGGAAUAUGAGUUCUGUGCUGGCGAAUCUCACUAUAGACUUCCCACCUGACUUCUACUUGCCUUCUGCUCCAGUAAAACAGGAAGUGGGUCCAGGGAUUGGGUUUGGGAUCGGCUCAGCUUGCCUACUCAUUGUAAGUGGACUACUAUUAUUGUGCUGCAGGUAUCCCAAAACCAAGAUGCCCAUGAGUGGAGAAACUGGACAUUUUGAGAAAAUUGUGAGUGAUGAAGGCUUUCUUGGUGUAAUUAAAGAGAGUAUGGAUGAGGGGAAGAUCAACCCAGCAUUUGAAUCGGAUAAUCAUUAAUAAUAAAAAUUAUUAAAAUUAUUCCAUAAUUCUAUGGAAGGAAAUUGAAGGCUCUACAUACAAUUUCUCAAGAAUUUUCACUAUUCAAGGUAAAUGUAUAUAUUAUUAUUAUAUUUUUAAUUACGAAAGUGAAUAAAUGAACAGAAAUUAAGGCAACACAAUUUUGAGCCCAUGUAACUGUCAAAAUUUUAAUUUGAGAGAUUCUAUAACACUGGAAUUUUAAAGUUUUUGUAUACACUUGUUACAUAAUGUGCUAUAUCUAUAUCAAUGCUAUAUCUAAUGGCGCUUUUCCACUACAUGGUACGGUUCGGUUCGGUACGGCACGGUACGCUUUGGCGCUUUUCCACUGCA